GAAAAGAUGCUAUGCAGUUUAGAAAUAGUUAUUUGCCAUAGCCUAUGCCUUAAGAUGUUGUAAUAGUUUAGAUUGAGACUAGAGAUAGGUUACAUUGCUUUAAUGAAAAAGAUGCUUCAAUUACUUCAUCUGAACUUGUGCCACUGAAAGGCUAAUACUAGGUGAAGGGUCAUGCUUCCUGUAACUAUGGCAACCUAAGUACUUGUGUGUGUGUGUUUGUGCGUGUCAUUGAGUGUGUUGACCAAAAAAGGAACUUGAAAGAGAAAGACGUGUUGGGUUGUGUGACUAUAAAAACUGGGGGUUAGAACACAUUCACGGCCGCAAUUCGGGGUGAAGACUUUUCGCUAUUUACUUUUAUUAUUGUUUGCUUAUGAGUUAGUGUUUUAAUAAAGCGAAACCAUUUCCUAUGGUGAUGCGUUAAACUUCUUUUAAACAAGUCUCUGAGUAAUUUAUUAAGAGUAAAGUUAUUAUUUUAUUUUAUUCCUGAACCUGCAUUACGAAGUUCCACAGCGGCAAAGACUCAACUGAGCUGAUCUGGACUCUGGUGGGAAGAAGUAUUGAAACCUCUAUUGCAUCUGAUACAUAACAGAGAAUAAAAAUACAACAUUUUGGAAAACUGGGACGCCAUGUCAUCCGGACUAAAGAGGACAAGGACAACCCAAGUUGUUAUCAGCGCUCAGUUCAGAAGCCUGCAUCUCUGAUGGUGUGGGGUUUCAUGAGUGCGUGUGCAGAGGUGGAGCGUUGUGGUGUGACGGUUGCAGCGUCUUUUGCAUGUUAUGAGGUUUUAUCUUCAUCUUCUUCUGAAAGCAGUUCAUUUCCAUAACGCCUUCAGACCUCUCGAAGAACCACUCAAAGCUUGUUAUCCCUUGAGCUAAUUUCAAAAUGGAAAAGCCCAAAUUCUCUCUUUCUGCCCUGACAAGCACUCGCGGUGCCCUGCACAUGGCGCAGAUCGUGAUGUGCGUGGUGACGUUUGUGGUGAGCUGCAUCUGGGGUAAACCGCUUCACACCUACUGGAUCUACUGCAUGGUGGUGUGGGCUUUGUGUCCCAUCAUCUCGCUGAUCAUCACCAUAGUGGAGAUGUUCCUCAUCCACAAGCUGAUCCUGGUGUUCUGCAUGGACUGGGACGACUUUACGACCGGCAUGGCCAUGAUGGCGUCGCUCUGCACGUUCUCCUGCACGGUGAUGUUCGCCAACUUCUACACCUGCCGGAAGUGCAUCUGGGGUUGGAUUGUCACGAUCCUCUCGGCCGUGUGUUGCGUGCUUUACUGCGUGGAGACGUUCAGGGACAAAUGUGACGCGACGCGCUCUGCGACGUACGUGGCUGCGCUGCCAGGCUUCAUUAAGAUUCUCGAGGCCUUCGUUGCCUGCAUCAUCCUCAUUUCCCUGAUCGGUUACGUGGGUAAACCGGCUCUGCUGUGGUGCAUCGUGGCCUACGUGGUUCCUUUGCCUCUAACCCUCCUGAUCAUCAUCACCAACAUCUUAACCAAGUUAAAGAACUGUCUGCCCUUCAGCAUUGACCGUUUCACCAUGCUGUUGCUGUUAAUAUCGGUUCUGCUUUACAUCUCUGCUGCUAUUCUCUGGCCCACCUACAGCUUCAAAGGAAACCCGCGGCCCACAGACUGUCCAGGAAACAGCUGUAUAUGGAGCAUCCAGUUUGUUGUGACCUUCAUGACCUACGUUAACCUCGGCCUGUACAUCGCUGAUCUGGUCUUGACCUGUUUGGGUAUCUGUGGAUUCAGACGCUCUCAAUAGUAUCAUACAGUAUACUUAAAAAUAAAGGUUGCAAAAGAGUGUUUUUUGAUGCCAUUCCCCAAAGAACUUUCAGAAAACAGUUCUUCAAAGAACCAUUUUCUUUUAAUGUGAAGAACAUUUUAAUAAUCUAAAGAACCUUUUUUCCACUGUAAAGGUUUAAAAGAGGGUAAACGUUCUUCAUUGAACCAUCAAUGACAAUUUCAGGAUACUUUCAUGUUCGCUGUUAUUUUUGUUUCUAUAUAGUUAUUGGAAAUGUUCAUGUAUUUUCUAUUUCACUUCCAUAAAAAGCUUGAUUGUUCAAAAUAAAUGGCUUUAUUUAACAUC